UAUUAUUAUUAUUUUUAUCUGUAAAGGUAUUUUUUUAAUCUGGAGAUCUCCAGCAAAAGGAGGGAAAAAUAUCCAAUUUUCAUCGCAAAAUUAGCUAGGGCGAGAGCAAAGGGCUGAGCUAAUUGUAGCCUAAUCCUCUGCCCUGGAGGCGUUUGCAAAGCCCUGAGCAAGAAUUCGCCUUUUUUCCUCCUCUUCUCCCUUCCCUCUGUUAUUUAGAGACGGGAUUAUUGCCUUUCUUCUCAUAACAGCCUCGGCAGUUUCAUUUUAAGGGGUUUUUUUCCCCUCUCCCCCCACACACACACACACAAAAUAAACAGAAGAAGCAUUAAAAAAGAGAGAGGGAGAGAGAGAAGAAGCAGCUUUAAAAAUAAUAAUAAUCACAGCAGGAUCUAAGGAACAAAGAUAGUAAUAAAGGCAAAAAACAAACCCAUCAACACACAAACCCAACAGAGCCCAAAGCAAAAGGGGGGUUUGCAGAUCUCUCUUCUGUGUUCAAGGUUGAUUUCACAAAAUAAACAAUCGGCUCAAAGUCGCCUAAGAGGCAGAUUCUGGAUAUUAUCAUGUUUACGUGUUUAUAGAGACAAAGGAGGGAAGAAGCAUGUCCCGUCUGUCUCUAACACGGUCCCCAGUUUCUCCCCUGGCUGCUCAAGGAAUUCCUCUCCCAGCUCAACUCACCAAAUCCAAUGCUCCUGUGCACAUUGAUGUAGGAGGACACAUGUACACCAGCAGCUUGGCUACCUUGACAAAGUAUCCAGAUUCCAGAAUAAGUCGUCUGUUUAAUGGCACGGAGCCUAUUGUCUUAGACAGUUUAAAACAACAUUAUUUCAUUGAUCGAGAUGGUGAAAUUUUCAGAUACAUAUUAAGUUUCCUAAGGACAUCUAAACUGCUACUCCCAGAUGACUUUAAGGACUUUAAUCUUUUAUAUGAAGAAGCAAAGUAUUACCAGCUGCAGCCAAUGAUUAAGGAACUCGAGCGAUGGAAACAAGAGAAAGAACAAAGGAAACAUUUCCAGCCUUGUGAUUGCCUGGUCGUAAGAGUGACUCCAGAUCUUGGGGAAAGGAUUGCACUGAGUGGGGAGAAAGCUUUAAUAGAAGAGAUCUUCCCCGAGACUGGGGAUGUCAUGUGCAACUCUGUAAAUGCAGGUUGGAACCAAGACCCAACCCAUGUUAUUAGGUUUCCUUUGAAUGGAUACUGCCGGUUGAAUUCAGUGCAGGUGCUAGAAAGAUUGUUUCAGAAGGGAUUUAACGUGGCAGCUUCGUGUGGUGGAGGGGUAGAUUCCUCCCAGUUCAGUGAAUAUGUGCUGUGCCGUGAAGACAGAAGACCACAACCCACCCCAACAAUCAGAAUAAAGCAAGAACCCCUGGACUAGAACCAACCCUUCCUCCUUUGUAACCAUAGAAGUGUUUAAUAGUCCCUUAUGUGAAACACUAAGGAUUUGCAAAACAGUAUUAGCAAACAAAUUGUGACUUUAUGUUGCCAAUUAGUGAUAUUCGAAAACUACCUGUCACAUAGCCAGCCAUGAAACACAUUUGAAAAACCACCUGUUUGUUUUUCAUGAUGAACAACUGAGCAUGCUCAGCGUACAAGGCUUUGUGGGAAUGUACUUUCAACCGAACAGCUGUGAUGUUGAAAAAGGCAAAGCUUCACAAAGUACUGACCCCUUGAUUGGGCUUCUGCAGAAAGACCAAUUAAAGCAAUUUGAAUAUGUCAGCUGGAGAAACGACAGUUCUUUUGACAGCAUCCCUUCCCUCCUCAGUGAUAUUCUAAGGCAAUGAAACAGGGUCCACCAAAAGGAAGAUGGUACCUUAAAAACUGCACUGAGUAUCUUCCCUGACUGAAUGCCACACUUCUCUCAUAUCAGAUGUGCUUUACACCUCCAUAUGUUUUGUUACAUUUCUGUGAUUGUAACUCAUUUGUGCUAGCAAAUGGCUUAUUUUUAUAAAACAUUUACAACUGAAAUAACUGUGUACAGAAUACAAAAUCAGAGAAGGACCAAUUCAUAGUCAUCUGGUGCUCAGUCCUUUAAACACAAUUGAGGACUAGUUGUGGCUAAUAUGUGCAAAAGUAGGCACUUUUUAGUAAGGCCAUCUGACAUCAAAAUGGCAUAGCACGGGCCCCAAAUGUGGCGUUAUAGUUCUUUUGAGAUGCCAAUUUUUUCUUGUUUCUCUCAGAGUUUCAGUGUUUUGCAUCAUCAGUGGAGUGGUGGUUCUGCCAAGCAUUUGCCAAAGCAUCUGCUGUUGCCCUUUGUUAUUCUUUUACUAAACCUACUUAAAUCCCAUGUACCGGAGCAGGUGUUAAACAUUUUGGACACCCCCUACUCUCCAUGGCUCGGGAAUUUUUACAAAGAAUGAUAAAGCCCCAUAUUUCUCGCUGUCUGACAGGAGCAGGCCAAGUUUUGUUUAUUUUUCCUUCUAUUAAUUUUGAAAUACGAUUAAAAUACUGAUUUUCUAGCUGCCCUGUAUCUGUAUUUUUUGCUUUAAAGAAGCCAUUUGUCUGUAGGAGGUUACUGUUCCUUUAACAAAUACAGUAUCAACUCUUCUGACUUAUGCAGCUUCCUUAACUCAGGAGACAGCACUGUGUUUGCAGGUGCAAGUAUAUAAAUAGCAUUCUGCUAAAUCCUGUUUACUGCUGUUUAGCAUGAUUGGGUCCUCAAUAACUAAUUCAUGUGUUAAUCGCAAUUUAGUUUCUCCCACAAUAAUUUAUAGAAUACUGUUGUAGAUGCUGAAUUUUAAUUAAACUGUUUUUAGACGCGUAAGUACAGCUAUAUAGAACAAGGGACCGAGUAUUAAAUAGUCAGCAAUAUUUGACAAUUCUGUUUCUCUAAUGCCAUCUGAUUACUUGGACACAAAUUAGGACCUGGAGUUUAACACUCAAUUUUUCAAAAGUGCCUAGUGAUUUUGGGGGUGCCCAUGCUGGAGACUGUACGUGGCUCUGAUUUUUGGAAAAUUCCCUCUGAAAAAUCAGGCCUCUUCAAAUUGCCCCAGAUUGGGCACCCAAAAUCACAAGUCAUUCAUGAAAAUCUUAGCCUACUGGCCUGCUGCCUUAGCAGAACAGUUGUCGGUCAUUUGGCCAAAUCUGUCUAAAGAUUUUUAAAGUUAUUUUAUGUCAUGGUUUUAUGCUUGUUUGACACACUAAAUAAAAUUGCUAGGUACUGCCAUAUUUGAAAAAAUGGCACUACGUUACCUUUCUCUGUAAGAUAUCUGUAGAAUUGUAUAUUAUACAUUUAAUAUUGUAAAAAAAAUUAACGUAUAAUUGUCAUGUAUUUGUGUAUACACAUUUCUUAUACAGAACUUCAUGCCAUAAACAUUUCUGUAAAGUAAAAGUUCAAAACUGCAGCAAGUAGAAUGAACACUCACUUUAUCCCCCACAUUCUUCAAGAGAGGUAAGAAGCUUGGGCUGUAUUUCCUUGGCCUUUGAUUGAGUUCAGUUUAUUGUAGCCAUCUCUUCAAAAACAGUGUUUGUUUAUUGAUUCUAUGGAUUUAGUUCAACUUCUGUUCAAAUUCUCCUUAAAGCAUCAGUUUAGCUCCUAGCUUUUACCAUGUAUAUUCCGGUUUUGUAUUCAUUUCCUGAACAGAGUGAUUCAGAGAGAAAUGGAGGCUGGACCCUUAUGUGUCCGUGCAUACUGUUUCAUUUAUUAACAUUCAGCUAGGAGAGGAAAGUUCUUCUGUAGUUAUGGUACAUUCAGGCUUCAGGAGUAUGGGCCAAUCCUGCAGUCCUUACUCAGGCAAAACUGCUGAAAUCAACAGGAGUUUUUGCUUGUGUCCUGGGUUGUAUCAGUAGGAACUGAUAUUAAGCACCUCUUACAAGGGGGUGAGGACUGUCAACUCCAGUUGAAGUAAAAUGGAAGUUGAAGGGCCCUGUGCUUCUCUCAGGAUCAAGCCCAUAGGCAGAAUGUUUUAGAUUUAUGUAGAGAGCCAUUAAGUAUUUGUGGUUUUGUUUGUCUGUUUUCUUCAGUUUGGUGUUCACCAUAUUUGUAUAACUCAAUAAAGCAGCUACAGUACUGACAGCAAUUUGGUAAGGUGGCAUCAUAAAAGAUUCCAGGCUGCUCCAACUGAGUUAAAUGUGAACUUGAGAUGGAAAGUUUGAGCCAUGACAUCACAACAUUAACUGCAAAACAGCAUUGCAGCAAGCAAGACAUAUGGAAACAAUCACUUCGUUAGGAGAAAUAUGCCCUUUUUUUUUAAAAGGAAAAGUUAAGCUAGGACAUGUUCUUUUAGUUAGCGACUUCAGGUCACUGAUUUAAUGUUUAUUACAGUUUCAUUUGUAUCUCUUUUACUUUUUUAUAUCCCCAUAUUCUAAAGUAGCAAUAUCAGCAAAAACUGAUGUGAAUUUUUACUUCUUUCCUAAACCAUAGUAAUACAGCUUGAUUAAGAACAUUGCUCAGUGUCAUGUAAAACAGUUUUUAAAAUAUCAUCACAUCUCUAGUAAAACUGUGGUUUGCAGACAGCGAAUGCUUUUAGUUUGAAGGCCGAAAAGUAAACAUACCUUGUUUUUUAAUCUAAUUUCACUGAACAAAAUUGGUUGGAAUCUCUUUGCUGAGCACUGAAACUGUGGUUUUGAGAACUUCAGUCUUCUCUAGCACUUUUACAUGUACUGUUCUGUGCCACUGUGCUCCCAAGUCUGACAGAAAAGUGAAAGGAAAAUGUUAUGUUGUGCUUAUUGGGCAAAUCUUUAAGAAAGCAAAUGUUGUGUGCAUUCACUGACUGUAUUUAAUAGCAUCAAGGUUUGUUGACAGUUUUAUUAGAUGUUUGACAAAGAAUAAGAAUCAGCACAACAGAACAUUAAAUACUCAGUUUUAGUAUUUCUUUGUGGGUAUUGUUAAUAUUUUAAUGCAAAAUGUUUUUGAACAGUGCUUAAAAACUACAAGACAAUGUGAAACUGAAAUUAAUGUUUGAUAAAUUAAUACUGUAUGUCACUCAAA